AUGGUCUUCAUUCUCGGUGUCAAUUUCCCUGAGCGGAACCUGCUGAAGAAAUCACUUGAAAGCUUCUUUGGUAUUGGUGGCCAUACUUCCUCUCGUCUCCUGGCUCGCUUCAACAUUCAUCCAACCUGUCGUGUUGGGGAACUGGCCAACAAGCAAGUUCUCGACCUCACCGCGAUAUUGUCGGACAUGAAGAUUGAGAAUGACUUGCGCCGAGAAGUCUUGAACGAUAUCAAACGUCUCAAGGAGACUGGUACCUACCGUGGUCGCCGUCAUGCACUCGGAUUGCCCGUUCGUGGACAACACACAAGAACUCAGAUCAAAACCGCUGUCAAGCUGAACCGCAUGGAGCGCCGGCUUUAG